AACAAUCGGAGCUAGCUAGGCGGGAUAGUGGAUUGCCGAUUGUCGUCGACGCGUCGAACUACAUGUAGCUUGAAUUCCUUCGAAGCAAAUGACGAAAUGAUAUUUUUAUAGCAUUAUAAGGAAGGUGUUGCUACCGGAGAGAUAAUUGUAGAGUCAUGGCAGGUUUUGAUAACGAGGAUGAAACUCGGGCUGUUCUGCAAGAGAUCAGCAUUUUCGAUUCAGGCAUAGAUUCACAAGGGAACAUUGAGGUUAACGAUGCAUUGAAUUUGGGGAUAUUGCACCGCCGGACACUGCGACCUCGACCAAGAGUGACCUACGCUGACCUCUCGCCUGUCAGCAGGCGACUACCUUCCCCACAGCUACCAACUGGGAGUUUCACCUUUGAACCCAACAAACCCAGUGAAAGAACUAAGUCUGAUGAACGAGAUCAGUCAACAGGUACCGUGAGUGGUGCUGUUGAUUUCAACUUUGAAACUCCACCAAAGACGCCAAAGUCAACCCACAGAUCACCCUCCAAACGGGCCCUGGAGACCCCAACAGGAGCAGGACAGCAGCACUUCACAGUAUACAUUGACAGCCCUGAGGACUCUCCGGUGGCGGCUUCACUGCAGUCGUCGGAGCCCGUUCCGGCCAAGCGAGCGAGAAUGCUGUUGCUAGACGACCAGGUGUCGCUACGGCAGCAGCUUGCAAGCCUCAGCAGUGAGCAGCUGGUGGAGGUUGUGGAGAGAUUGGUGGAGAAAUACCCUGAUAUGCACAAAGAAGUGUUAGCCAUGCUACCCGAACCUGAUCUAUCCCAGUGCCAGGAGAGAUUAUCAAACCUUUUGCACAACAUCUUCCGUGCCCUACCCCGCACAAGGUUGGCAUCGACCCGAGGAGCGCUAAGCUAUCGGCAGGUCAAAGUUCACCUCUUUGAAUUUAAGAAAUUCUGCAUCCAGCAAGGAAGACAUCUGGUCAGCUGCCAGGCAUGGGGGGCUCUGGUCAGUUACAUCCUCAUGGCAUGGAAACUGGUCAACUACCUGCCAAUAUGGGAGAACCCAUCCCACAAUAACAUUCGGGGCCAGUGCCUCCGAAGCCUUGUUGGCUUCUUUUCCAAAGCUCUGAAGUCUGGCUCUUUGGAACAUGACAGACUAACUGAACUCAGACCAAGGCUGGUCAGAGCUUGCCGCCUCAAUGCCAUGAUGCAGCCAUGCCUGGACAAGUUGCAUGCCUUGUGUGAUUACACCGUAUGACAGGGUAGCACAUCCACCGAAUGAUGCCAGGAGCACCUGCAGCUGCAACUCCCCAGGUUGGGAAAAGAAAUCCUCCCUGUCUCCACCAGAUGUUGCUGAAAUUGGCAGUCUAGAUGUGGGCCCACUUUUUUUUACAAUAGGUAGAAUAAUGCGUGUUUUUCUUCCUAGACAUACUAGGAAAGGUGGUUGUGUUGGUCUUUUUAGCAGAACAAAUUUCAAAUGUCUUCCAACUCCCCAUCUUUGAAAUGUAUUCUUCCUCUGAAAGUCUUGCUUCAAAUGCUCAUUCUAAUCAGUCGAUGUGAGCAUGGCAGUACUAGGUCCUGUUUGUUUCACACUAGAUCUGGAUUUGGAUCAGUGAUCCCAAAGCUGGUUCACUCUGUCCAUCAGCAGGUUCUGGUGGUGGCAGUGAACCAGUGUCAGCUCGCUGAUGGCGAUCCAAAUUGCCUUGAAACAAAGAGGCCCCAAGUCCAACCAGUGGAUUUAUAGGUGUUUGAUUAUGGGUAGAAAUCUGAGUUGUGGUUGGAGAUCAACAGGCAAGUGAACUUCUGUUAGGGUCCUCUGUCGCAAACAUAGUUUUCAUGCAUUACUUUUGGUCAAGCAGUGUGCCAAAACACACCUAUUCAAAGGGGCAUUACUGGUUCACACUGUAACCUAGAAUUCAGUUGCUUGUCGUCAAUGUGUAUCUGUUGAUGAAUUUCGUGAAACAUUCCAGAGAAUGGGAGACUGAGACGCUUGGUGAUGGCACACAAACCAGUCCUUUUAAACAAUUGUGAGCGUGCUCAGAAGUACUGGGCAUGCCCAGAACAGGCAGGAAGGACCAGUUUGUCUGUGUUCGCCAAGUGUCUCAAAGUCUCCCAUUCCAGGAUAAAUUAUGGGUUUUCCAAAUGUUGAAAUGGCUAUGAAAUUAAACUGUCAUGUUGAUCACAUGUAGGAUGUUGUUGUUCCAAUGAAUUUCAAUCAUUCCAUUCUAAAAAGUUACGCUUUUUUGAACAUACAAGGUGUGUACAUAUUCACUCCAAUUAAAAUUAAUAAAAGUACGAGAAACUGA